AAUGAAUAAUUCAAGAUCAUCUGCUAGAAAAGGAACCAACAAUCUUCCAGUUUAAACAGGAGAUAUAGAGGAAUACAUGUAAUAUUUUCAAUUUAUUAUAGAUAAAUAUUAUAUGAGCAUUAAAAGAGUUGUGAAAAAGCUGGAAAAUAUAUAGAAGCUGAUUAAGCAAAAAAAAGACUUGUUGAAUUAAAAAAAGAAUUGGAUUAAAAGAAUAAAUAUGAAGUUAAGGAUAGACAUACUAAUGAAAAAUAGGAGAUUGAAAAGGCUCAUCUUGAUGAAUUUAAUCAAUUUAACGAAUUUUGGGAUUAAAAAAUGGCUGAAUUUGAUUAAGAAGCUUAAAGAGUUAAAGAAUAAGUCUUAUAAAGACAUGAUGAAGAAUUAAAACAAUUUACAGAAGAAUUAGAGAAUUCCAUUCCUGUCAAACCCAAAGACUCUGCUGAAUUACUUAGUUUGAGAAAGACUGAAGAAUCAUUGGCUAGACAAGAAAAGUAUUAAAUUUAAUCAUAAAAUUAGUUAUUAAGAAGCUCAUCUAACUUAAUAAAGAAUAUUAGCAAUGGAAAGAGAUGAAUAUGAAAAAUGGAAUUAAUCAAGAAUGAUUAAAAUUAAAAAUCUAAUCUCUUAACUUAAAUUAAAAUAAACUAAUGAAUUAGGUGCAUUGUAAUAAAGAAUCAUAUCUGGAUAAGAAGAAUAAAGAAAGAUUAGAUCUUAAGAAUUAGAGAAGUAACUCUUAAUAUAAUAUAUAAUAGAUUACUAUAAAAAUAUUAAAAUGUAAGAAAGGAAUUAACUAGUUAAUAAAACUAAGAGAUUACAAGACUUGAUAAAACUAUGAAAAAUCAAUCUAUUAUGUAAUAAUCUAGAAUGAAUUCAUCUAAAAUGAUGAAUUCUUAAAUGAGAAAAGGAGAUGAAGAAAAUUUCUAUGUAAAAUGA